UUGAAGUCUGGUUUCAAAAAUAAGUUGUCGUCGGUGUCGUCUGCUUUUAAUUAUUUUUUGGCGGAGAAAAUACUACUAUUAUUUCUGCCCGUAAGCCAUUGAAACCUGUGCUGGGAGAACGGCGUAUUCUAUUGUUUUAUGACCACUAAUUGUCGGGUCAAUGUGGUGGCAUUCUCUCUUCUAUCGGAAUGGAAUUUGGAAACUGCGCGUAACCCGACCCAUGAAAACAUCGCCCCACGCCUGCGAGUCCUGACCGGCAGACGGCAACUAACAAAAAAGAUAACAGGUUGAAUAAUUACCCUUUGUUUCUCGACUGCGACUCACCUUUUGCGAAUUGAGACGGUUCCAAAGGCUACUUGUAUUCAGAUCGUUCGAAAUUAUUGGAAUACUUUUGACAUAGAAGGUUUUUUUUUUAAAUAUUUAUUUGGAAACAAUAUACUUGAAGAAGUAUUGUGUAACAUUUGUCAAAUCGCGUUACCGAAUCACUAAUUUUGAUGGACUCGUGACAGUUAGAAGAACUAGAAAUUAAUGCGCAAGUCUCUCUGGAGUUUUGAUUUCUGUCCACGUCUGCCCUAGUUUUGCAAGGAAAUGAAGCCAUCAUUGGGUCUCGUACUUAUCACGGUACUGUUAGCUGUUCUAGAACUCGCAGUAACACAGACCUCAGACGAUGACCCAUGCAAUGAUGAUAACCACACGACUAUCGAUCAACCAGCCAGAGGUGUGGGCAGUGACCCGGAAUCAAACGUCAACAGCCAACCCUUCUGUGACAAAAACCUAGCUGAAGGGUGGUACCACUUUGAACUGAAUGGCGUCACAGCAGAAAUUCCAACCACGUGUCUACGGUCCGGAUCGUGCUCGGGCAGUAUUUCCAUGCGGAUAGACCUGGGAGACCGGGCUCUCCCUGCUGUGGAGGGGAAGGAAGUGCACGCCUCGGUCUGCGGGUCCUACGAGGUCCUAGGUCAAUGGGACUGCUGCGUCCUCAGACAGACCACCCGGAUACGAAACUGCGGAAAGUUCUACAUUUACUAUUUAUAUCCCGUCGACCGGUGCCCGGUGUCGUACUGCGUACAAGAUUCAGGGCAAAGCAUACCCCCGGAACUAAUAGUAAAACAAGGAGACGUUGUCAACAACGUAUCUGCGGAAACCACGUCGUUCACGGCAAUCACUCUGUGCCAAGACGAUCAACUCGAGUGUAAUGUUAAUAACACUGUCAGCUGUGCCCGACGAUGCGAUGACGUCACAGAAUGUGAUGAUGGCGUUGACGAAGAUGGGUGUGAUGACCAAAUGACCACUCCAUACGAAGUCUUCCCAGCUCCGCCACCUGACGAUGACUUAAGCUCAGCCAUCCCAGAGUCUUCUAACACUACAAGCACCACCACUGACGUUUUGGUCACACGAUCUUUAUACAGCGUAAGCACGUCACCGUCAGACUUCACUGAGCAAAACGAUCCCACACACCCUGCAACAGAUGACGGCACAACGGACGACGGAUCAUCAGUCAGCAUUGAUAGCGCGUUUGAAGAAGGGGCUGGAGCAACAGAAUCUGAAACAACAGAACGUUCUUUAGCAGAGUCUUCUUCUGUAAUUCAUAAGGGCAAACCAACCACAGAGGAUCAUGUCAGCGAGUCCAGCUUGGUCGCGGAAUUGCCUGUUGUAUCUACCGGCUUCGUCACGGACGUUCCUGGUGUAAUGACAUCGAUAAAAGAGAAUAAUAGCAAAGCUGCUAAUACAACAACAUUGACAACGCCGACGACACCUGCUUCAUCUUCUGUGAAUCCGCUGACAAAAGAACUGGCGACGUCGUCUCCUGUUUCAUCUACGGAAGCAAGCACUUCUAGUUCCAGUGUGGAACAGACGGAUGGUAGUGCAGCAGUACCUUCAAGCCCGACGUCAUCGCUGCCAACAACAUCUCGAGACACGGUGACUAAAGAAACACACUUCUCUUCUUCAGCAGGCACUUCUACCAUGACGUCAACAGUACCAACCACCACAACGUCAACCGUACCACCCACCACAACAAUUCCAAAACCAUCCCCACAAGCCGAUGAUGGCAGAAUUGUACUCAAGUUCCGUUCGGGGAAAAAUCAUAUAGAGGACAAGAAAAACUUCACUGCGGUCAUGAAAAGCAAGCUAACGAACUUGACGGCAAUCCUGGGAUCGGAUACUGGACUGGAGAACGGCAGUGGUCCAUCCGUAGUGCUGACUGACGGACCGACACUAAAACAGGACUAUGUUUAUCUCACGUUUCGUUUGGAACAAAAUAAUGACGUCGUCCCUGCCGAUGUACUCCUGCAGCUGUUCCGUGUCCUUCAGACCAGCGACAAAAACAAGCAAACAUGGCGGGAGAUGGAUCUGGAACUGGUCGAUUUCUACAAGGCUACUGACGGCCCCGGCACGGAAGUGAGACCCAAUUCGUCGCUGUUCAAGGACAACGUCGUCCUCUUCAUCGCCAUCAUCUCGAUAGGCUCGUUGUGCAUCAUCAUCGUCGUCGUCUGGCUGUGCUGUAUCCGGUGCAGAAACCGCUCGAGUUCCGACCGCAGUUCUGUGCUGAAAGCCAAUGUCUCGGACAAUCGGACUGUUCUAUCAGUGGAGAACCCAGCGACAGACGCGGAGAUAAUGAAGGACGAAACCAAUCAGCUGAAGGAAACCCAUAAAGGGGAUUCACACCUCCCACCCGGGGCGCCCCCUGAGGACGAGAACGGCUGGAUCGUACCCUUAGACGAGGUGACAACAGACAAUGUUGCGUUUGAGACAGAAGAUACGCGGUUUUGACUGUAAUAAUGAUAGGGUGUUUUUUUUAUAUAAAUGCUAAAGAGUCGUUACAUCUUGUGUGCUAACAUAUUUUUUCUAGAUAUUUUUUUUCUUAGCCAUUAAUUAAAAGAAGAAGAAAAAAAAAGAGAGUACAAAUUUAAAAAAAAUAUUAUAAAAAAGAAAGAAAAGAAAGAGGCAGUAUACAAUUAAAUAAUAAAAAGAAAAGAAAAGAAAAAGAUGAAAUAUACUGAGAGAAAGAAAUAAGGAACACCUGGUAUUGUAGACCAAACGUCAGUCACUAUUAGCAUAGUAAUAAAGUACUAAGAUGUAAUGUGGUACUGAAUGUCAGUAAUGUGACAUUAGACGUCAAUGACACGGUUAACUUUCUCACUCUAUGGAUAAGGGUUUUGGCUGCAGUCAGUGUUGAAAUCCUGCUAGUGUUGGUAUGAUCCCUUAUUUCUCUCCACCAGUGUAUUUAUGGGCUAUUUAACCGUUGCAUCAACGAAGAUCACUUUGGACAUAAUAGUCUGAAAAGAAUUGACCCCAAGGGUGACGAUGUUAUGUACUCUGACUUCAGACACUAUGUAGCCAUCUAUUAUAGUUAUAGUUUUCAUACAGUUCAAGCAAUAUUGUCAAUAACAAUGGCUGAUUAGCAAAAUAAUAAUCUUGUUGACAUUUUCUGGGAAGAAACAGUUUAAGGUUGAAGAUAACCUGUGCACGUGGUUCUUGUUUGAGCAUUGCAACAAGACACUGUGACACUAGAGUAUAGAGCAAUGGUAGCCAUGAAGAUGUCAAAUCGACAUAUUAAAAGAAUAUCCUGAGUUAACUGCCAUUCAUAUAUCCGAUCAACAGAGCCUUUUAAUGACUGAAAUUAUAUAUUAAAUACAUUUCCUUGUCUAGAACAUCAGUGUGUUUACAUUCAGUGUGUUUCUGGUCGUUGUAAUGUUUGUAGGAGCACAGGUGGGACUUUACCUGCAAAGAAUAAAGUAUAUACCAGGAAAUACAAUGAAAACGGAGCUACCACAAACAAUUAUGAAUAGCACACACUGAACAUACAUACAUACAUACAUAAAUACAUACAUACAUGUAAACAAGAAAAUGUAUUUAAUAUGUAAUAUGAAUUGUUAAAAAGGUUGUUAGUCGGAAACUCGGGAUAAUCUCUUCAAGUUAUAUUACGCAUUGUUCAUAUUAUUGAAGAUAAUGUCUCUUUAGUCUGUCCAGUCAUUCUACAAAAAUAUUUUUUUUUGUAAAUAAUUUUAGUUUGGUUUGACGUAAGCAGAAAAGUAAAAGUAUUUUGGAAAUUUAAAAAAAUACAAUAUUUUGUGUCCAAUUUAGAAAACAACGUGGCCCAGAAUAAAAAUAACUUGUAGUUAAUUCCAUAGUAUAAAAAAAGGUGUUCCCUGUGGGGAGGACUACAGAACGAAAGAAGUAUUCGAUCUGUAUUACGCAUGGCUUAAAGCAAGUUACGCAACCCACUUGAUGCUGCUGCCAUGACAUCAACUGCUGUUGCUCCAGAAUGCAGGGUCAUUAAAAGUAUAUAUAUAUAUAUAUAUAUAUAUAUAUAUAUAUAUAUAUAUAUAUAUAUAUAUAUAUAUAUAUAUAUAUAUAUAUAUAUAUAUAUAUAUACAACAAUGUAUAUAUAUAUUAUCAGAGUGAGCAUAACACCAGUUAAUAUGACAGUAAUAUUUUGUUCUCAUGUACCGGGAAAGAUUAUUAGCAGCAACCAAAGAUGAUUAUACUACUAGAGAUCAGUGCAUACUAAUAUUUUCUUUUCGAAAGUUUCUUCUCGCUUGUAUUCCAGGCCUCUGCGAAUUGAAAAUUUGCGUGAACCAUUUAUGGGUUACGCAAAAACAAAUUCAGAUCACCCAUUUAGUUUGUAUGUAACCCAUCAUGAACAUGUAAAAGAUGCCAUAAAUUCAAUGCGCGAACAAAAAAUUGGUUAUACAAAGUAUACUUAUGCUAGUGACGCGCGAACGAAACUAUCGCUCUCGCAGUUUCCAGACGCCUGUAUUCAAUUCAGUCAUAUAUACAUGUAUCAACUCGCGAAUAAUAAUCGGUGUUUAAACCAAUAGUUUUAAGUUAUAUUAUAUUGUACUGUAUUCGGACAAUAUAGUUCUGAUGUACAUGUAUAAUGCAUUUAUUUUGUGUAUAUUGUAUCCAUUGUUGGUUAGUUGAAACAAAAUGCCUUGCGACUGGAAUAUGUUUUGACUUCGCUUUGUUACUUAAGACACAAAUUAUUUUCACAGGAGAGCUUAUAAACAAAUAUAUAACAUUUUCUUUCCCCAAGGCCGUAUCCCCUCAUCCCCAAAAUGACCCCCAUUCAAAAAAAAAAAAAAAAAAUCCAAAUCCAAAUGAAAUGAAACAAACGACAACCCCCCAACCCCCAACCCCCCAAAAACAAACCCAGCCAAUCAGAAAACAAAAC